UGUCUCUAGCUUCCUGCUUUCAUUACUUCAACAACGUACAUCUCCUCAACUUUACUGAUACCCUUUAGACUGUUUGGAGCUGCUCUUCGCGACUUUGCACAGGGUCCUGUUAAUUACAGCGACGGCAUGGCUAUCUGCCAGUUCUAUCAACGUGGCGCCUGCCGAUUUGGAGAGAGUUGCAAGAAUGAACACCCCGGAAGCCAGCGAGAUGCAAAUCGCACUUCUGGUGGCGGCGGCUUUGGGGGAGGUUCCAACAACAACCGCUUUGGCGGCUUCGCGAGUGGAGACCGCUACCGCCCUAGUCAGUCGUCAGGCGGAACAUUUGGAAGUAGCCGGGAUCCAAAGACGUUGCCUUACCACUUAGAUAAGACGGACAUCAAUAAUGAUCUCACAGGGCAGCGCCCAAUAUAUCCAUUAUCAUGCUACGGCCCCGGACGGGAUGCUCCACGCCAACUCAUCGAAGGGCCCGUUGAGAUCAGCCCUGAAGAGCUUCGCUUGCGCUUUUACACCCUGCGAGCCGCGGGCAAUGAACCCACAGCUCAACAAGAAGAGAGUGCGCUUAGCGAGAAAAUGCAGCAACAGGUCAAGGCGAUACUCGACGAUGUCGAUGGCGCCAUCCGCUAUGUGGAAGAGGGUGCCAAUGUCCACCCAAACAGGAUCGAUGUUGCGAAAGGAGACGCUCCAUCGGGUGUACCAGCAAGCGCUUCAGCCACUCAAUCUAGCUCGAGUUCAAAUCCAUUCUUGAAAGCACCAGCAAAUGCUUUCACAACCGGAGCUACUGCACAAAUAGCAUCGUUCGGACAGGCGACGACGCCAGGAUUUGGUCGGCCAGCGUUUGGCCAGCCCUCUAAUCCAGCGCAAACUACAUCACCCUUCGGCCAGGCCUCGAAUCCCGGGCAAACUACAUCAGCUUUCGGCCAGCCUUCAAAUCCAGGACAAGCUACAUCAGCUUUCGGCCAAGCCUCAAAUCCAGGACAAAACGCCUCGCCUUUUGGUACGGCCUCGACUCCAGGCCAGAAGCCAUCUCCCUUUGGACAGCCAUCAGCAUUAGGUGGAUCUGCUGGGUUUGGAAAGCCUGCCUUCGGCGCUUCUGGAUUCGGCCAAGCAUCGAUGCCAGGCUCCGGGAGUGCAUUCGGGCAAGCAAGCAACCCGGGCCAAGGGUCGGCGUUUGGGCAGGCCUCAUCUCCUGGUACAACUUCUGCCUUCGGCCAGUCUAACGCAUUAGGACAGAAACCGAGUCCCUUUACUAAUCCAGGUUUUGGCAAGAGUGCUUUCGGGCAGCCUUCGCAGCCCAGCUCCAAUGCCUCGCCGUUCGGCCAACAAGCUCAGUCGAGCACUUCGCCGUUCGGUCAGCAGGCGCAGUCGGGUCCAUCUCCUCUCGGCCAACAAGCACCGCAAGGGGCUCAGACAUCAGCAUUCGGUCAACAAACGCAGCCAGCAAAUCCGUUUCUUCAGGGCCAGAGCCAACAAUUAGCCGGUCAAGCAGCUCCUUUUGGUGGCGCUGCAUCGCCUUUCGGCACACAACCCCAAAGCACUCCAGCACCACCCUCGAAUCCGUUCCAGAAGGCACAAGGAGCAACGCCAAGUAUAUCAGCGGCACCAUCACAAUCCGGUGCGCAAGCAGCCUCUCCCUUUGCACGUGCGUCAGUGGCUCCCGCGCCAGCUGGCGAUGGAAAAGUUGAUCCCAAAGAGCGGUUCAAAGAGGGCAAACCGGAGGAGUACGAGGGUGAGCAUGGUAGGAUAUUGGAGGAGAUUUACAAGCGGGUCGGCCAGCUUGGACGGUUCAACGACGACGAAGAGAUCCCGCUGGUACCGCCGAAGUGCGAGUGGAUCGUGCCGAUUUCGCUGCUCUAAGUCAAGGUCUCUCCAGUGUAUGAUUCUGAGCCCGGGUGGAAGUAUUAUAACUGCAUAUACGGCGUUUGACGAAUAGUCACAGGAAGUAAGAUUU